AUGAUUCAAGAUGAUGACAUUUUAUUAUAUGUCACUCACUUGGACGCAUUACACAAGGAUUUUACGGAGAGGUUUGAGGAUCUUUUAAAUUUACAAAUUCCUCAAUGGAUAAUAAAUCCGUACAAUACCACAGCUAUAGAAGAAACCAAUGUGAUAAUGCAAGAAGAGUUGAUUACCAUCAGCACAGACGAAGAGCUUAAGCAGAAGUUCAACCAGGGCUAUCAGAAGUUCUGGUUGGAACGCAACAUUGAAACACAGUAUCCUACAUUGUGGAACAUUGCUGAAAAAUACCUUAUCGCUUUUCCAUCAUCAUACGUAGUUGAAAAAAGCUUCAGUGUGGUAACAAACAUUUUGACAAAACAAAGAAACCGUUUGAAAAUCAACGAACGUGGAGAUUUAAGGCUGCAACUCACCGUAGCUAGAUUGGUAGAUAAUCACCAGGUUCAUCCAUCACAUUGA